UGAGACUGAGUUUUGGAUUUGAAAACGGCGUCAGAAGCAAACGAGUACAAAUGGAAGAGGAGGAGCCGAGAUCCGAAACCCAAGACGAGGCAUUGCAGAAGAAGCACAAUGACAUGCUCCAACGCUUCUCCGCUCGCCACCAAGCUCGAAAAUCCGAUUCAACUUCCUCCUCCUCCACGUUCGAAUCCACCUCCUCGUUCCUCUCCCAGUUCGCCGACUCCAAGCGAUCAAUCGAGUCACGAAUCGCCGAUCUGCGACUCGCCUCGGAAGACUCGUCCAAGCUCAAAUCAGAUCUCGCCGAGAUCUCAUCAUCGAUCGACGAUCUCGAGAAGCUCGUCGCAGCCAACUCCUACUUCCUCCCUUCCUACGAAGUCCGAUCCUCUCUCAGAUCCGCUUCCGAUCUCAAACAGAGCCUCGACGCCCUCUCCGCCGCCUUGCUCCCCAAGAAGAAGUUCUCCUUCAAGACCAAAUCGUCUCCUCCUUCCACCACCACCACCGCAAACCCCCCGGAGAUCCAGAAACGCGAUCUCGCUCCUCCUCCGAACGUCGUCGUCCCCGUACGCGAUUCUCCGGGAUUCAGAAACAAACAGGGGGAGACUCUCACGAAAAGCUUUAGAUCCGGAGAGUUCACGUUGUCAGAUCUCGAUUCGUGCCGAGUGCGUUUGACCGGAACCGUCAACGCUCUCUUCAUCCACCGGUUGAGGAACUGCCACGUGUACACAGGCCCUGUGAUUGGCUCGAUUCUGAUAGACGACGUGGAGGACUGCCUUCUUGUGGUGGCCUCGCAUCAGAUUAGGAUCCAUCGCGCCAAGAGGAGUGAUUUCUAUUUGAGAGUGAGGAGCCGUCCCAUUAUAGAAGACAGCAACGGAGUCAGGUUCGGGCCUUACUGUUUGGACUACGGAGGGAUCGAGCAAGAUUUGAAGACGGCGGGUUUGGAGGAGGAGACUCAGAGCUGGGCCAAUGUUGAUGAUUUCUUGUGGCUCAGAGCUGUUCACUCGCCUAACUGGUCCCUCUUGCCGGAAGAGGAAAGGCUUUCUUCGGUUUCUAUUUCCGGUGAAGGAGAUUCUUGAGUUGAGUUGUGAGAUUAGGUUCUUGAUUGUCAUGGCUUUGGAUCAUUGGAGAAUAAUAGCUCAGAAUCACAACAGUGUUGCUUGUUUGCUUUGUAUCAUAUCAUUCAUUUGCUCAUAUUAACUAAAGUGCAACGAGCUACGUGAUGAUACAAAUAUAAAGACUUAUCUCAAAACAGAUUUGCUUC